AUGCCGUCCCGAACUAAUGGAGUCGGUGUCCAGGUCGAGGACACCAAGAUCUGUGUCGUCAUGGUAGGACUUCCCGCCAGAGGCAAGAGUUACAUAGCACAGCGAGCGCAACGCUAUCUGCAAUGGCUUUCUAUCCCGGCCCAGACGUUCAAUGUCGGAAACUACCGGCGCAACGAUGCCCCUCAACCCACGGCUGACUUCUUCGACACCAACAACCCUGAAGGCGAGCGCAAGCGCCGCGCCGCCGCCGAAGCUGCUGUCGCUGACAUGCUCGCCUGGUUCCGCACCGGCGGCGUCGUCGGUAUCCUCGAUGCUACCAACUCGACUCAAGAACGCCGGAAAUGGGUCCUCGAAACUUGCAAUGCCAACGGUGUCGAGGUUCUCUUUGUCGAAAGCAAGUGUGACGAUGAAGAGCUCAUUAUGGCCAACAUUCGCGACGUCAAGACUACCAGCCCCGAUUACAAGGGCCAGGAUCCUGAGAAGGCCGCCCUCGACUUCCGUAACCGCAUUCGCAACUACGAAAAGGUGUACUGUACCAUCGACGCCGAUGGCGAUGAGUCUCACUUGACGUACCUUAAGAUCAUGGAUGUAGGCAAGCAAGUCAUCAUUAGUCGCAUCCGAGACUACCUCCAGAGUCGCGUUGUCUACUACCUCAUGAAUUUGCACAUCCGCCCCCGGUCGGUUUGGCUAUCGAGGCACGGCGAGUCUUUGUACAACCUAGACGGAAGAAUCGGCGGUGAUACUCUCCUCUCCCCCCGAGGAGAGCAAUAUGCUCGAAAACUCCCCGAGCUGGUCCGCAAAUCUGUUGGCGACGACCGCCCCCUAACGGUCUGGACCUCGACCUUGCGAAGAACCAUUGCGACUGCUCGUUUCCUUCCGGAACACUACAACCAGCUCCAGUGGAAGGCACUCGAUGAGCUUGACUCCGGUGUCUGCGACGGCCUCACGUAUCAGGAAAUCAAGGACCGGUACCCCGACGACUUCGCCGCCCGCGACGAGGACAAGUACAACUACCGCUACCGCGGCGGAGAGUCAUAUCGCGACGUCGUAAUUCGUCUCGAGCCCAUCAUCAUGGAGCUGGAACGCAGCGAGGACAUUCUGAUUGUUACUCACCAGGCGGUCUUGCGAUGUGUAUAUGCCUACUUCAUGAAGAAGGACCAGACCAAGAGCCCCUGGAUGAAUGUCCCUCUGCAUACGCUCAUCAAGUUAACCCCUGGCGCCUAUGGCACGGAGGAGGUGCGUUACGAGGCCAACAUCCCCGCCGUCAGCACCUGGAGAGGCAAAGGCAGCACCGCCAAACAUGAGAACCCGGUUCCCGAGGGACUGUAA